GGCCUAUUUCACAAGUCCCGUUUGAUAUUUGAUAUGGAUACGUGAUAUGUUUAUAAAUGCCUGCCCAUGUUGACAUUGAAUAUUCCGUUUAUAGAUUCCCUCUCUCUCGAGCGGAGAGGAGCUCACAGGGUUCCUCUGACUUUUCCGCCUCGGCCAGGGAGGAAACGGCUCUUUUUGUGGGAGCGACGUUGGAUCUCAGCAAAUGAUAUCCAUUGGGGGGUGUAGAGUUACAACUUAACUAAUUUUAAUCCAAACACGUGAAAUCGUAGCCGGGCCUGAUGCAAGCGGCCCGGGGCCGAAGAAGGGGUCGCGGCGGGUUUGUUGCCUUUGGCUGCCGUGCUCGCUGCGGUUUGGGACGGACCUGUCACUCUCGCUGAACAGAUGUUUGUCUGAACUGCCAAGAAGAAACAAAAACAACAUUGUUGGAUGGGAGAGAGAGGAAGCUAAACGCAGACUCUGCUGCUAAUGAGAAAACAGCGCAAUCAAUCUGAUGAUGACUGGAGUGAAAGAGAAGCUCGUGCGGUUGCUGAUGUGAUUUAGUCUUUAGGGUGAUGGUGGCAGCGUGAGAGAGAAAGAGAGAGAGAGAAAGGAGGGGAACUGAUUCUGGGAAUCUGUGACUGAGCUUCUGGUGUUGGAUGUCCUGUGAUUUCAGCUAAACGGGGAUCACAUAACGGUCCUCGUCUCGCACGAGAGACAGGCGAGAGAGCUCUUUAGCUUUUUUGCUCGAGCUGCUGGCUCACUUGAUAGUUUUUCAUAUCCGUUUACAGAAUGAUACCAAACACUCACAUUUGAAACCGAGACACAGAUUAUAACAGAUGUCAUGUUUGUACAAUGUUUCUCAACACAGUUUCAAAAUAGUUCAUCAUAAUAAUAGUGAUGAAAUAAAUUCAUCUGGCUACAUGAACUUUGCCGAGAACACCAUGAAUGAACUACUGGGCUGGUACGGGUAUGACCAUGUAGACCUACCAGACUCGAAUGCACCUGACAGCCGUCACCGAGCAAAACGCAACCAUAUAUCUGUACUUAAAGAGAAUUCAGUGCCAAAGCCGAACGCUGCAGAGAGGAACGUGCCAUCGUCUUCAUCGGAGCCCACGAAGAACGGUGAGAUGGAAUUGGCUGCCACGCCCAUCUCAUCUUCGUCAUCAUCAUCCUCUGCAUCUCCACGGACCAGAGAGCAACACAGCAUGAAUGUUGUUGUACCAUUAAUCAAACCUUCUGCUGUGGAAGAUGUGCAGAAUGUUCAGAUUGUGUGUGUAUGGUGUCAGAAGGAAGGUAUGAAGCGUUACUCUCUCCUCAUGGGUUCGGACCUCAAGAGUUUCUGCAGUGAAAAGUGUUUCGCCGCCUGUCGCCGGGCGUACUUCAAACGCAAUAAGGCUCGAGAUGAAGAUCGUCAUGGCGACCAGUCCCCGCCUCCCGGCCAAACACUGGACACGGCCUCAAGACUUCUGCUGAAGAUGAACAACAACACACGUGUCUGUGAUUGGUGUAAACACAUCCGUCACACUAAAGAGUAUCUGGACUUUGGUUCUGGUGAGGAACGACUGCAGUUCUGUAGCACCAAAUGUCUGAAUCAGUACAAGAUGGAUGUGUUUUAUAGGGAAGCGCGUGCUGCUCUCAACGGUUCUGCUUCUGCUUACAAAGAUGAGGAGAGUCAUCAGAAAGCCACUGCUGUGGAGAACCAGACACUUCUGACCCCGGAGUCAUGGGACAGCUCUUCGGCUAAAACACUGUCUCCUAAAACCCCUACGCCAACUUCGGUGUCCGUGCUUAACGCAACAUCAUCUUCUUCAUCAUCAUCUUCCUCACUGAGAACGGCCAUCACAACGUCGCGGGAGCGUUCAUGUCCUCUGCAAAUUCAGACGAGCUCAUCGCCCUCAUCUGCUGGCCCGUCUCAUGUCAUUUUGGACCAACCACGGCCACCUCAGAUCACCCUCCCUUUCGUUCGCCCACCCCAGCAUGCCCCUGGUCUGCGAAGCCCCACCCCUCACCUACCGCGUAACCCACCACACCCUGCCAGCCCCAUCCAGACCCGACCUCCACAUCCACCUUCAUUUGCCCCACUCCACCCACCUCCUCUUCUUCAUCACUACCCCCCUCCAUAUGUGCCCUUCCACCCCGCUUACCCUCCUCAACUGCCCCCACCGUGGCCACAACCCAUGAUGCUGGUGCCGUACCCCGUCAUGGUGCCCAUCCCAGUGCCGAUUCCCAUUCCCAUCCCUAUAUCUCGACUUCCGGGUCACACGGGAGUCAUACGAAGCCUCCGGGAGCAAAAAGAGAAAGACCCGGGUGAUCCCACACCCGAUUCAAGUCGCUCCAGCUCCGAAGAGAUCAGCGGAGAUCAGGAUCAACAACACAGAAUAAAAACAGAACAAACUCUUUCCCCUCUCAGUCCCUCUAAAUCUUUAGGGUCUUCAGAGCGGCAGGUGAUUCAGUGUCUUUACAGACACCCGGUGAAAGAGGAAGCUGAGGACAGGACGACCACACCUGACCCGCACGCUUCCGAAACCCAGACGCACACCACGCACAUCUCGCACGUUCUACGGAAAGCACUUAAACAUCACGCCGCCAACGCGACGUCUGUGCUCACGCCGACGCCCCCUGCGUCAUCGGACGAUAAAACCGUCACUCCGGCGUCCCUGUAUUCGUUGGCCCGUUCGACCGCCAUUCAGGUCACCUCUGUUUCAUUGGACAAUACACACAGACCUGACCCCGCCUCUGCUGUGACACCAGGCUCCGCCCACAUUCCGUCACCACUGUCCGAUGGCGAGGGUGUCAAGGAGAACAGUUUUUUGGGUGGUCGGGAAAUUGACUCGACCAAUACCUGGUCAGCAGAGCACACAGACUGCAAAAGUGACCAAUCAAAAGAAAUGAUGGUGGCCGAGGAUGAGUGUCAAGACGUUGAGCACACAUACGCUCGAUCUGUCCCUCCGAAACUACGUGAGAAGAAUGCACACACAAGCACACAAACGCACUUACACGCACAAACACACAGCUGGGAGAAGAACUCACACACAUCUCAACAAAACUCAGAGGCGAGCAUGAGGGACGACCCAGAGCCGGCGGUGAAGAGAAGAUGUUUAAGAAUCAGAGAUCAGAAUAAGUGAGCCUGAUGUGUGAGCACUGGUGAAAGCGUUUGGGUCGGAAAUCAAGUGUGUGAACGUAAAGAGGUCACAUUUAGACCUGAAACAACGCCCUGUGGUGACCCUGUACCAGCAGAUGUCCAGAAGGUCACGUCCAGCUUUCAGAGCACCAAAAGGGCUCGACUCCAGAAGAUCACGAGGACCAUCAGUAGAUACGCAGAGAUCAGACAGGAGUGAUCCAAUUACACUUUUACUGUGUGUGUAUGUUUCUGCCGAGACUCUACAAAGCCAGGCAUUGUUUAACACUGCCAACCCAUCCUCACCGCCUGUGUGUGCGUGCGUGCGUGUGUGUGUGUGUGUGUGUGUGUGUGUGUGUGUGUGUUCAGCUGUGGUGUUAGGUUACCUGACACACUGGCGCUUUGGCUACAGGGCAUUUUUAGACUUCAUCUGAAGAGUGCCAGGAUUGCACAAACACACACAGACACACACAUUAUUCAUCUAUAUCAGGACGACUGAGAGCUGAGACUCACAUGCAGAGUAAAAGUGUUUGUGUUGAAAGAUCAGAACCGGCUCAAAUUUAUUUCAGAACGUCUGAAUAUUUUUAACUGCCAUGGUUUGCCUGUUUGUUCCUUUAAGUUACUUCAAAGUGUACUAUGGUAUUGCCAUUGUGGUUGUGUCAAAAAUUCCAUUGUAUUACCAUAGUACAGUUUACACAAAAACUUAAUAUGUUUUUGCUGAAAUUUCCUAAACAUUUUUAUCCAAAACACAAUUUAAACUCAGUUUGUCUCUUGUUGCCAUGAACAACAUGAAACCCAUGAAUUAAACACACGUGUAUCAGUAUUAUAAUGACCAAAGCCAGUCAGUUUUCAGUCAACACUUUUAUGAAUGUCCAGCAGAGGACAACAUUGAUAUUAAAAAUCACCUGAGCUGUGCGUCUGUUGAUAUUCAUUGAUUUUGUCAAAAUGAGAAGUGUCUAUUUGUCAUAUCUUUUUCACAUUAGUGCCAAUCUUUACAUCUAAGCAGUGCAUUUAAAAAAAAGCCUAAACAAAACUGAAGUAAUUCAAAUGUCUUCAUAAAAUGUUUGUUGGCAUUUAUUGUAUUCAUGAUGUAAUUAAUGGCCAAUUACAAUUAAUGGUUUGUGUAUAUUUUUAUGAUGUAUAUUGUGAUUUUUACACUUUGGCACUUGGUUGAAUCUUUUCCACUCGUGUAAGUGUACACUAGAUGUACAUGCCUUGAAAUGUGUUUGCUAUAGCUUAAAAUGUGUGAUACAAGCACUCAAGAUAGCCUGUGCUGAAGCUCACAUGAUCAUUGACUGUGUAUUUCAUUUUCUAAACAGAUAGUUAUGCAAAUUAUUGAUUCUAAUGAAUAAAAAAUUCACAUGAAGAAA